AGAUCGUUUCGUUCUGCUCGUCACCGCCCACGGCCGGCUCACAUCGUCCUUCCCCGUCGCCGUCGUGACGUCUUCGCACAACUCCGCCUCCGCCGCUGAAGCCACAGUUCCCCUGAGGCCACAGGUGCGGAGCCCUCCGAAGAGCGGAGCUACAACCAUACUCAAUCUAGCGCGCUUCUCGCCCCUGGGUGCAGGCCACCGGGUCUCUACUUUGGUGAUCUCGUAGUUCCUACAGGGUGGAGACAAUGGGGUCGGUCCAUGGAUUUUGCUUCCUUUUGCUACAUUUCGCUCAAAGGGUUGAAGGGAGAUAGUGCAUCAAGUUAUUCGCAAGGGCCAACUUGAUCCUCUUCCCCAGGGAUCCCAGAUGAGGGAAGCCUAGGAGAGCCGCCGACUCCAACUAUCGUCCAUGUACGAUCCAUACUAGAUCUGACCAACUGCCCAUCCUACCUCCUCUACCUUUUUGACAGCCCAUCUUUUUGUCUCAGUAGAGUCUUUCAUUCUGUUGUGUUGUUUCUGGUGUUAUUGCUGCUUAUGCUGACUGGGAGUCCAGGAGCGAGAGUUGUUCGACUUCAUGUGUCCGAUUUGCGGUCGUGAUAGUGGAUUUGGGUGCAUCUAUGGUAGAUCGGCUUUCGGUUGAUGUUUUUGUUGUGAGGCAGCUACCGCUGUCCGACGGCUGUUGGCGCAGGACAUCGUGGACAGUUGAAGUAACCGGUGGCCGUCGUCCGCCAUCCAUGCAUGAGAUCCAGUUUAGGGUUCAAGCACAUGGCGGGAGGCGACGGCUGCUGCCGGUGCAAGCAUCGAAGACAGCAGCAGCACGCGGUUAAGCAACGCAACUCCCAAAAUUUAACUGCCGUAGAAAUGAGCCAAGUUAUAGAAGAAAGCCUAUAAAUAGUGACUACUAGCCCAUUAGCCCACUAUCCAGGUUUAGCUCAGCCCAUGGGCUUCUUACAAGUAUCGAGCUUCCGCUUGCUACGGGCUGUACCGACACGAGCAAGAUGAGGCCGUUGGGCAAGCACGUCUCCCCUAGGCAGGUUGCGCUCUUCGCCGCAGGGCUCGUGUUCUUCGGGGCGACGACAUACGACGUGCACCGGUCCAUCAAGAACAACGAUCAGCCGCCGACGAGGGAGCAGAUGGAGGCGCUUCAGGUGUACACGACUCCAAGAAGCGUUAGGACCAACAGGUACUGUAAAUUUUGUUUUCCUAUAUGGACGUCAGAUGAUCUGCUGAACUAUGUGUCAUCAAUCAGUGAACAGUUAAAGGUGGUGGACUUGCUAAGGCAACUUUAUGAAUUGGCUAAAGCUGAUUCUGAUCUCUCUGAUCACGAGGAUAUGCUCUCUAUUAUUGAACAGAAAUAGCUACGGAGGGGAACAGAGAAGAGAGAAGCUUGUAGGAGAGGAGAUAAACCUUUUGCCAAUGCUGAAGAAUCGUUUGCCGCCAUGGAUGGUUGUGGAUUGAAGUUGAAAGUGUUGGAUUGCGGUGUACCUCUACCCACCACGCCUGGAUUUAAAGGCCAGGGCGCCGGAGGUGUUGCCAAAACAUAGCAGGAUUAGGACUCGGCGUCUGAGGGUUUGCCAAAACAUAGUAGGAUUAGGACUGCUAUUUUGUAUUUUGGAAUUUAGACAAUUUUGCUAUGUAUUUUCAGUUGAUAAGGUCAGUCGUAGUAUUAUUUUUGUGUGCACGUAUAUCUUUUCUUGUUAAUUUGUUUUUUUAAUUAUGUCA